CCUCGCCGCCUCGCGCCUCAGUCGAGGAUGUGGCGCUCGCGGCGCGACGACACUCUCCGCGUGCUAAAUCUGUGUUCAUUUAUCAGUAGACGUUCGUGACCCUUCCGUGUGUAUCCGUGCCCCGAUAAUGUUCUGUGAUCGCGUCAAUUGCCCUAGGACAGUAAGCGAGUGAGCCGGAGCGCGCGAGCGCGUGCGAGUGCGUGCAGUGAGCGAGUGCAUGUGCAGUGCGGGGAUGCGCGCGAGCGAUGCUCUCGGUGAUCGCGAUGCGUCGGCCGGAGGACGAGGAGCUGGGCGGGCGCGGCGACGGCGCGGGCGACGAGUUCGUGGACAUCUCGCACAUGCAGCUGCUGGUGGAGGCGGGCCCCAGCGGCCUGUGCCCCGGCCUGUACCCGGGCCCGCCGCCGCCGCUGGCGCAGCACCAGCCGUACGCGCCGCCGCCGCACGCCAGCGCCACCGUCACCUCCGCCACCGCCACCGCUUCCGCCUCCGUCGACGACUUGUUCGCCCUCUACUUCACACCGAACACUCAUGGCGCGCUGCCGGGCGAUGAGCUGUCGCUGAGCUACUCGCCGCGCCGCCACAAGCACGAGGCGUCGCUGUCGCCGGGCGCGCGCGCCGAGGACGCCAGCAACGCGUCCAGCGCCAGCGCCAGCGCCUCGCUGUACGGCCCGCCCGCCGCCAAGCGCGCGCCCUCGCCGCCGCUGCAGUGGCUGCUGCCGUCGGGCCCCGGGCCCGGCGUCGACAAGUACUUCCAGCAGGAGUACGAGGAGCGCGUGGAGCUGCUGCCGCCCGAGUGCCAGGCCUACUGCCCGCCGCCCGCGUGCCCGCCGCAGCACUGCGAGUACCGCCCGCAGCCGCCGCAGUGGGAGCAGGAGUACGCGCAGCCGGCGCCCGGCCCGUCGGGCGUGCCCAAGCGCGAGCCCUACCCCAGCCCCGGCGGCGACGGCCGGCCCGUGCAGCUGGCCGAGUACAACCCGUCCACGAGCAAGGGCCACGAGAUCCUCUCGCAGGUGUACCAGCAAAGCGUGCAGCCGCUGCGGCUCGUGGCCGUCAAGCCGCGCAAGUACCCCAACCGGCCCAGCAAGACGCCGGUACACGAGCGGCCGUACGCGUGUCCCGUGGAGGGCUGCGACCGGCGCUUCUCGCGCUCCGACGAGCUGACGCGGCACAUCCGCAUCCACACGGGGCAGAAGCCGUUCCAGUGCCGCAUCUGCAUGCGCUCCUUCAGCCGCUCCGACCACCUCACGACGCACGUGCGCACGCACACGGGCGAGAAGCCGUUCGCGUGCGACGUGUGCGGCCGCAAGUUCGCGCGCUCCGACGAGAAGAAGCGGCACGCUAAGGUGCACCUCAAGCAGCGGCUGAAGCGCGAGCGCGGCGGCGGCGGGCCGCACCACGAGCCGCACGGGCCGCACGAGCCGCACGCGCAGCUCUAGCCCGCGGCCCCGCCCUCGCCCGCACAUUCCAGUGGCGAUGAAUCUGAAUGAACUUUUAAAAAAUUUCACGUUGAAGUUAUUAAAUAAUUUCAUCGCAUAGAUCUAAAAAAUUGUCUUUAACGAAGCUUUAUUAACUCUACAUUUGUAAAUUCACCGAAAUUUAUAUAUCUUUUUAUACAUAUUUGUAAUUACUACGAUAGAAGCAAUCGACUCGAUGUAUUUAUUUUAAAUUAGAUAGAAUAAUUGAAUGAACUAGACUGGGAACAAUAUAAACGAAGCGAUGUGGCCUAAAGCGUCCCGCGCGCCGGAAACCGCGCGGUCGGUGCAGCCGCGCGGCGAGACAUAUCUCUCUGUCGAUACUCUUGAUGUAAGGAAACGUUUCUCAGAUUGUUAUCGGCUGCAAGGUCGACUUCUUGUGCGUAGAGAGAUGACCGUUGAGAAGUGAUAUGUACCUACUGGGCCUAUUUGCUGAGAGUGAAUGUUUGGAAAAUGUUUGCCAUCCGCUAUUGUAGAGUUUUAGAUUAACGAGCGUAGAUAGGUACUGUUUAUAAUGUUUAAAAAAAAUGUUUACCUUCUAUUGAUGUUAAACUUAAUCGUGGCAAACAUUGUCUGACUGAGAUUAUCUUCUUAUAAGUAGGUACUAGGUAUUUAUUAAUGACGUAUAAUUAAUGUUCUUAUACUUGAUGAAACUAACGUGAAACUGUGCCAUUCAUUUAACUUUACGACGUGCCACGGCCAUUUUAUUUAAUACUAAGUGUAACACGACUGCUGAUUAAGUGAUAAUAUUAUUAUAUUUAUAUUUUAUGUAUGUGUUUAAUGUCUAGUCGAAGAUAUGGGUGUGUGAUUGUCGACUACAGUUGCCUUCGUCCGUCACCUCUGUACCCAUUUCUCUAUCUUUCGACAGCUGCUGUCAGGAUCUUCUUGCUCAAACGUUUAUGGGACAAAAUUUGCUCAAGUCUUUCUCUAUCUCUUGUCAUUUCAUUGAACCGAUCGUUAGAACAUCGGUUCAGGCUUUACACCUAACACCUAACGCUUUCUGGCCUUAUACCGCACUCGUUAUUUUUUGUUACUUCACUUCACAUUGUGUUUCCCAGUGGUAGGUAGGUAAAUAUUUUACUAAGUAUAAUAUAUAUUUCUAAACAUUUUUAUAAUUAGACUAAUUUAAUGAAAAUAGCUCGUAGGAUUUAAAUUAUGAUCUCUUAAUCAUUAUUAAUUAUUUGCAAUUAUAGCGAAGGCCCCUUGUUUAUAAUACUCAUAGGUUCUGCAUAAAAUAUAUGUGUAGCGAAACCGUAGCAGCUUGUUUGAAUGACGGCUACGUUUGAACGCCUCAGAUGCUAGCAAAGUGAGUCGGUGAAUGAUUCGUCCAGGGGCGUAGCUAGCGCCCUAUCAGCCGUAUCAAUGAUACGGGGCCCCUUACGUGUAAAGGCAAAAAAAAAAAUAAACUGCAAAAAUGACAAAAGUAAAAAAAGCAAUACUUUGUGGUAAACGGGUAGUGUAUAUCAAAGACUAAAAAGAUUUUUCGGGAUUCGGUACUGCUCAUCUAUUGGGCUCCACAACUAAAUUUGAUACAGGGCCCCUCCUAAGGCACGUUACGCCACUGGAUUUGUCAUUCACAGAUCACUCUUCUCUACUUCGUUAUUUCCCAGAAUACUGAAGAGCAUUUUGAAAAUUAUGAGGACUUGUUUUCUUAUUUAAACGUCGAAAAUUGGAGUUUUACUGAAUAUGAAGGAUGGCCUAAAGAAUUUAUUAACUUUCCAGUGUUCUAAUAUUCGGUCGAAAGUAGAUAGUGUUAAAAUAGAAUCGAGAAGGAUAGCACAAAAUAAUGAUACACCUAACUGUCAUAUACCAAAAUCGUGUGUAUCAAAACUUAACUAAUAAAAAAAGAUACCUUCAAUUAAGAAUUUCAUUCUUAUUAAGUACGAACUAAACAUUUCUUUAAACUAUUUUCGAAUUAAAAAUAGGGUAUGCUAAAUAGAAGAAAACUAUCCGUGUUGAUUUAAUUAAAAUAAAAUGUUGAACUUAAAAGUGAUGAAAAUGUAACAGGGUGGGCCUUUCGAGUAAACUAGGGUUGUUAUGAAUUUAGGAUAUCUGACAAUAAUAUGACUAACUCUUGCGCCUAAAUUUCAAACAGAGCACUACAGUGAAGAAUGCUAAACUGGCGUACCUAUAGUAAGUUUCCGCAAUUUAAACUAUGCCAUGACUGUAUUAAACAACCAUUGAUGGCAUAUGAGAUAUAAUUCACAGGACAAACGUAUAUCUAGAUACCUAAAUUGUAGCAGUUAAUAAUUAAAAAAAUCAAAGUUUCAUAACUGAAUCUUCUAAUGAACUGUUAUUGUGUGUUGAUGUUUUCAAAUCUAUUCCUCAGUUAUCUUUAUAACGGUCAUAAUUUGCUACACUACCCCAAAAAUCUAAUCAAAUAUUAAUUUACGAGGUGGCAUAUUUGGAGGAGUGUUCAUGUUGUGACUGUUACUGUAAUGUGAAUAUAUUUUUGUGUGUUAUCAAUGUAAUGUAUGUUUUGUUUCCGUUUGUGUAACCUGUGUGCCUAGUGCGGGUUUUACCUAUUCGAUUGCGUAGAAGUAAACUUCAAUAUUUAUAUAAUUGAUUUGCGAUUUGUGUUUUCUCUUAUUGUAACUAGAUGGCGCUGUUUCAAUAAAAGUUUACUUUUACCAAAUCUAGUACAUACAAAGAUUGGGAUUCGACACAUUGUCACGGGGCUUGCUGUUCAGGUCUAUGGAUCUGGAUCAGUGGCGUAGCGUGCCUUGGAGGGCCUUGUAUCAAAAAUAGGGCCCAAUAGAUGAGCGGCAAAUCCCGAAAAAUAUCUUGAGGUUUUGAUUUACCGCCAACUCUUUCACCACAAAAUAAAAUUAGUACCAAAAUAUUUGUACAUACAUACACAAGAUGUAAUAUUUUUUUUGGGUUCGAGUGUGGGAAGUUUUUUACAUUUUUUACAUUUGACUAGUUUUUGCUUUCACACUUAAGGGGCUCAUGUCCGGGGACCCCGUAUCAUUAAUACGGCUGAUACGGUGGUAGCUACGCCCCUGAUCUGGAUGGUAAACAAACAUAAACAGGCAUGGCACAGUUGCAUGUAGGAAGUUCUGAGUAAAAGCUCUGAAAGGAGGCAACGUAUGAACGCUCUUUUUAAAAAUAUACCCGAGGAGAAUGUGGUGUACGAAGUUUAUAAUGUUUUACUACAGUAGACGAGACGUGGUCUCUGUUAGGCAAGGCUAGCGUAGAUAGGUUUUAAUAAUGUGUAUUCAUGUUAGUUAAACGAGUGACAAUUGAAACGGAGAAGACUAAAUUCUUACAUUAUGUAAUAUUGCAUCGCGUUGUCGUUAUUAAUAUACGAUUUGUAUUAAGGGAUUCAAGUUUAAGCUCGUUGUCGCCGCACAUUAUGCAUAUUAAGUUUAUAAACAGUUGGUAACUACAGAAUUAACCAAAAGUCCUUAUACAGUUCAUAAUAAACCUAUACCUAUUGUUUAUAUUAGAUACAUAAUAUCUACCUAUAUGUUAAUUUACGCGCGACAUUUUCCAUUCUAUGUCAUUGUAUAACUCCUUAUCUUGUACUUGUAGUAAGCUUAUCCUGGAUUCGUUCCUAGUUUGAGUCAAAUUAGGAUUUUAUAUUUUUAAAUUAUCUCAGGAUGCGGUUUGGGUUGUCACUUAGAUAAUAUAAAAUUAGCAGGAAAAGACUAACUUGCUGUUCCUCAAAAAUUCUUAGUUUAUUAUUGACUAUAGCCAUAUCUAGCAAUUGAUUGGUUUUAUGCAUGAUGUGCGACGACCACGAGUCUCUACAUUGUUGUAGCUUCUGUAUUUAAUACACCCACGGACUUAUAUUUAGUAGGAUGCAUUUGUUCAAUCUUGUUAUAUGAUCCAACAGCCUCUUUACCGGCGACAACGAGGUCCAAUUUUAGGUGCGGGGAUGUAACGACUGAUCUUUCUUAGACAUAGGGUUUGUGAAAGUAGUCUCUCUCCACAAACACCAUCAGUCCUAUUCUAUCGUCUCUCUAAACCAAGGUCCGAGUCUUACAGGACUCCUAAGAAAGACGAUCUGUCCCCACUACUUUCUUCUAUUUUUAAAUAUAUUUAACAGAGCUUUUGUGAUCGCCCAUAUUCUCUGCUGUAGCUGCUACAGUCUAAUUAAAAAGCCUGCAGGAUGUGCACAAUUUGGUUGGUUUGGGUGUGCGCUAAUUCUAUGUCAGAGUCAAGCCUGGACGAAUUAAAACCAAGAGUCAAUAUUGGAAGAAUUAAGGUAGACGAAGUGUUACUCUAAGGGCGUCUUUUGUUAUACUCCCGCUUUGGCGGGACAUACAAUCCCAACAUACCUCUUAAUGUUGGAAUGGAAAUAAAGAUCAGUCCUAACGCUCCUGUGACUGAUUUGAAAUUCACGUUCUGAGCGUAAGAAAUCUGGGCCCUUUUCUUUACCGGUAAAGACGCUGUGAAGUGGUUUACUAUAUUAUCAAGAAGGCAUUGACUGUGGAAGGCAAAUGGGUGCAUUGUACAAAUAUUUCAGACACAUUUGCAUGUCAUCUAAUGAAAUACAAGUCCGUGGGUAAACCUCUGUUGCGAAAAUCGAUCAUUAUUAGAAAUGCGUUUCAAAUCACCCAUUGUGUAUAGUCUUACGCUGCAAUGAAAGUGUCUUGGUGUUCGCCGGGAAAUGCCCAAUGUGUACGAUUUUGUGUACGAUUGUUUACAAUUGACGCUGUCUUCACCAGCGUUUAUGAUGUUGUUGUUUCUACAUUUAGAUAGCUAUAAGCUCUAAUUAGGUAUUGUUAAAUCUCACUAAUUUUUACUAAAUUCUAUUUAAUAUAUUUGUAAAUACACUCUGACUAAAUUUGAAUUUAAUGUGUAUAUAAGAGAUUUUUUUUUUAUUUAAUAUGAAAAUUCACCUAAGGUGCAAAAAAUACAAAUUGUUGAAAACUUGA